CUGAGCAAAGAGAAGGAUGAGGAGGUAAAAACAUUGAGGGAAGAAGUGGUGAAUUUGAGAAAGGAAAACAAAGCUGCUGCAUCUGCAACUGCUGCUGGGAAAGGGAAAAUACUGGUGAAUAGUGAUGAAUGGCACAAGUUGAAGAAUGAUAACGAAGCACUGCGAAAGUCGAUGAACGAGAAGGAUGUCGAGCCAGGAAGGCUAAGGAAAGAGAAGGAAGAACUGGUGAUGACAAAUGCGGCCGAAACGCGCAAGCUAAGGGACCAAGUGGCUGAACUUCAAGAGCAGGAGCAACGUCGCAACCAACCAUGGGCAUGGACGGGUGCGAUACGGUUCCUCGGCGAGUACGUAUUGUGCACAAGACGGCCGGUGCCACAGGAUACUUGGCGCAGUGUCAAAAUCGAGUCGCCGCCUGACUGUCAUUAUACUUAUGAUCCAAGUACCAACGAGAGCGUCUCGCCAUUUCCGAUGGCAAAUUGGUUGGAGGUGGAUGAAGAACACAACGACUGGCCGCUUCCUCCUAAGAUCGGCGUGCGCUGUGUGCCUGACCAAUUCGACAAAGAUAACUGGUGGUUCGUGAAGGCGGCCCAUCCAGAUGGCCGCUUGGCGAUGAUGGUCAUUUAG